AUGAUGGAAAUAACAAGAGAAACGAUGUCAUUCACGUCUUCAACGCCUUCUGCGAGAGCACCUCUUGGAGGAAGAGCUCCUGGAAACGUUGCUACACAAGACAGAAUGCUCAAAAUUGUGACGGAAAUGAGAUCUGGACAUGGAUCCGGCUUGUCGCCAUUCGGUCAAAAUGCCGCAUCGACGAUCCGCGAUUCCCGUGAGCGCGAGAAAAAAGAAAUGAGCGAUUUGAACGAUCGACUUGCUAGCUACAUCGAAAAAGUGCGUUUCCUUGAGGCGCAAAACCGAAAACUCGCUGCUGAUCUGGAUGCAUUGAGAUCGAAAUGGGGAAAGGACACUCAUAAUAUCCGUAACAUGUACGAGGGAGAGCUUGCUGAUGCUCAAAAAUUAAUCGACGAAACCAACAAACAGCGCAAGGACAUGGAAAAUCAAAUCAAAAAGAUGCAAGACGAGCUUGCCGACAUUCGUAGAAAGUACGAGGACGCCAUCAAGGGACGCGAGCAAGACCGCGCUAAGAUCGACAGCCUUCUCGUUCAAUUGUCUAACAUUGAAGCUGAGAUCAAUCUUCUGAAGAGACGUAUCGCUCAGCUUGAAGACGAAGUCAAGCGCAUCAAGCAGGAGAAUCAGCGUCUUCUCUCUGAGCUUCAACGCGCUCGUACUGAUCUCGACCAAGAGACACUCAACCGCAUCGAUUACCAGAAUCAGGUGCAAACCCUCCUCGAGGAGAUUGAUUUCUUGAGACGCGUUCAUGAUAACGAGAUCAAGGAGCUUCAAACAUUGGCUUCUCGCGAUACCACACCGGAGAACCGCGAGUUCUUCAAGAACGAAUUGGCUUCUGCCAUUCGUGAUAUCCGUGAAGAAUACGAUCAGGUCAAUAAUGUUCACAGAAACGAUAUGGAAUCGUGGUACCGCCUCAAGGUCCAAGAAAUCCAGACCCAGAGCGCACGUCAAAGCAUGGAACAAGGAUAUGCCAAGGAGGAAGUCAAGCGAUUGCGCACACAGCUCAGCGACUUGCGUGGAAAGCUCGCCGAUUUGGAAAGCCGCAACUCGCUGCUCGAGAAGCAAAUUCAAGAGCUCAAUUAUCAGCUCGAGGAUGAUCAACGGUCCUAUGAAGCCGCCCUCAAUGAUCGUGAUGCUCAAAUCCGCAAGAUGCGUGAAGAAUGCCAAGCUCUCAUGGUUGAAUUGCAAAUGCUACUCGAUCAAAAACAAACCUUGGACGCCGAAAUCGCCAUUUAUAGAAAAAUGUUGGAAGGCGAAGAGAACCGUGCCGGCCUUAAGCAGCUUGUUGAACAGGUUGUCAAGACCCACGCCAUCAGCCAAGAAACCGACACGGAAACGAUGAGAGUGGUCAAGGGUGAAACCGCCUCGAGACAAUCCUUCCAGCGUUCCGCUAAAGGAAAUGUCUCGAUUCACGAAGCUUCUCCUGAUGGUAAAUUCAUCGUCCUCCAAAACACUCAUCGUUCCAAGGACGAGGCGAUCGGUGAGUGGAAGUUGAAGCGACGAAUUGACGGCAAGCGCGAGAUUGUCUACACCGUUCCGAAAGAUUUCAUUCUUCGCGCUGGAAAGACGUUGAAGAUCUUCGCCCGCAACCAAGGUGUCGCCUCGCCUCCUGACCAGUUGGUCUAUGAUGCUGAAGAUUCGUUCGGCACUGGCAACAACGUGCAGACAAUUCUGUUCAAUAAAGAAGGAGAGGAGCGUGCCACCCACAUUCAACGCCAAAGUUCAGCAUAA